AUGUCAACUCCUUCAUCAUCAUCUUCUUCAAUUUGGAUUCUAUCUAACAUGAAGCUUCAAUUCUUUACACGUAUCAAACGUUUUCUCCAAUCCAAAGCAACCCGAAAACGCUGCGAUAUCUCUGAUCAGUCUAACAAAGAAAAAACCAUAACUAAGCAGAACAAAGCUGAAAAGAUUGAAGCAGUUCAAGUUGUGGAGAACCAUAAGGAGGAGGUGGAGGUGGAGGAAACUGAAAUUCUGCUGCAAAAGACUGUGAAAAUGCUUCACUUUGGAAGCUGGGAAGAGAAAGAGGUAGCUGCAAAAGAGAUUGAAUGUUUAGUUAAAGAUGAUGUCAAAGUUAGAAAGUUGAUAACAGAACUUGGGGUGGUGCCGGUUUUGGUAUCCAUGGUGGCGUCGUCGGUGGUUAGUCGCCGGAGAGCAGGGUUGACGGCGUUGAUCUACCUAGCUGAUGGAACUUACACGAACAAAGCUAUGAUAGUGGAGGCAGGAAUAUUAUCCAAACUACCUAAGACAAUUGACCUUAUAGAUAACUCAACCAUGAAUGAGUUUGCAGAGUUAGUUCUAUCAUUAUCAUCACUUGCAAACACACAAUUUCCUUUUCCUUCAUUAAAUUUUCUACCAUUUCUCAAAGACAUUCUUAAAAUAGACACAAACUUUGACACCAAAAGAUCAUGUUUAGGUGCCUUGUACAACAUAUCAACAAUGUUAGAAAAUGCAAGCACUUUGGUUUCUUAUGGUAUUGUCCCAAUUUUGUUGGAACUUUCUUUAGUGAAAGAAAUUUCGGAAAAAGCACUUGCUACUUUAGGUAACUUGUUGGUUACUCUAACGGGAAAAAAGGAAAUAGAGAAAAGCUCAAUGGUACCACAAAAUUUUGUGGAGGUUUUGUCAUGGGAAGACAAACCAAAAUGUCAAGAGUUGUCGGUUUAUAUUUUGAUGAUUUUGGCUCAUCAAAGUUUUGAUCAAAGAGAGAAAAUGGCACAAGCUAGGAUUGUUCCUAUGCUUCUUGAAGUUGUUUUGUUGGGGAGUCCUUUAGCUCAAAAGAGAGCAAUGAAACUAUUGCAAUGGUUUAAGAAUGAGAGGCAGGUUAAGAUGGGGCCACAUUCAGGUCCACAAACACCAAGAUUUGCAAUGGGAUCACCUUUGAACCAAAGGGAUAGUAAAGAAGGGAAGAAUUUGAUGAAGAGUUUGGUGAAACAAAGUUUGCAUAAGAAUUUGGAAAUAAUAACUCAAAGGGCAAAUUUAAAUGGAGAGUCCUCGAAACAUAAGUCGUUCGUUGUCAGCACAAGUUCCAAGAGUUUGCCUUAUUGA